CUUCCCUUUGCCGCUGGCCACUGACGGACGCGCUCGCCUGGAGCCAUGAGGCAGCUCUGCGCUGCGGCUCCGGCCCCGCUGCUCUGCGCCCUCGCCCUGCUGCUCAAACCCUCUCUGUCGGUGGAGCAUGUGCCGAUGCUGCUUUGGUCAACUCAGAGAUUACAGUGGGAUCCAGAUACUGCUUUGCACGAAGGACACAUCGUCUCAGCACUGGAGCUGACUGUACUCUUGCAACCUGUUUUUACUCAGAAUUCCAGAAACCUCAUCUUGUUCCUGCAAGAUGCACUUAGCAUGGAUGAUUUCACAUACCUCAGUGAAUCCUACGGUAACAAGAAUCCAUUUCAAAAUGUUCAGGAAAUUCUUCAGUCUUCUCCUUCAUCUUUAGUGUUGCCAGCUGUUGACUAUGAGGCUACGAGGUAUCUUCUGAGCUUUCUUCAGGAGUCAGGAGAUUGGAAGUUAACAAGCAUGACUAAUCUCGAUGUCUCUCAGCUGGAAGUGAAUACAUCUAAACCAAACUUACUGGUGGUUCAGCUGCAACCACUUGCCAGUGGUUUAAAUGAGAUUUCCACCCUGGAAGCAAUUGCUGAAAAUGACAAAAUAAUUGGAAGACUGACCAUGGAUCUGCGGGAACGAGGGAUUCAUUUUUCAGUAAUUUAUACCGCAGUGAGACCUUCAAGGAUUUCUAGAAGAACUGAUGUGGUGGGAGAAUUAAGACGACAGUUAAUGGCUGCUGAGGAAGAAGGCAGUUUAUCAUAUCCUCCUCUGAACGUGACCACUGGAAAUGAUAUAUGCAUCCUUUUUUACGCUAGUAAUUUCAGCCUUAAAGCCAACAGUUCAGUUUUUAUAGAUCUGACAAAUGCAACAUUUGUAACGCGGGAUGUGGAUAUUUCUUCCUCUGAGUGCUCAGACAUCAACACAACACUGUCAUUAAAAUACACAAAGCCAGUGAAUGGAAUCAGCAGCCUAGAGAUAAGGUUUUUAAUGUCCAACAAGUUCUAUGGAGGCUCGGCUCGAAAUUGGUCCACUUUAGAUUCAGUUGAGAUCGUACAAGAUGGAGAAAAGUUUGCUAAAUUUAAUGUUUCUGUCAUCUCUGCUCCUGCAGAGUAUUCAUUUCAUUGUCAGCUGGUGGGAACAAGCAAUCUCUAUCCUGCAAGGCUGAUUCCAUCCAACAAUGAGGCAAAAAACUGGGAUGUUUUCAUUUCCAGGUUGCAAAUUCAAGGGUUCAACAUUGAAAACAACCAGUUUUCCUAUGCAAGUGACUGCACAGGCUUCUUCACUCCUGAAAUCUGGAUGGGCUUGGUGACAUCUAUAAUUCUACUGUGGAUCCUGGCCUAUGGAAUCCAUAUGAUCAUGCAGCUCACUACAAACAGCAGAUUCGAUGAUCCCAAAGGUCCAGCUCUGUCAGUUCCUCAGACAGAAUAGCCAUGGAUUGAUUUAAUGCUGCUACAGCUUUUCCUGGUCUUAAAUUUAUGAUUUUUAUAACCUUUCUACUUCAUAACUUGUGUAAUCUAAAAAGAUAUCCUAGCAGAAAAGGAUAGUUAAGCUACAUAUAAAAAGGAAGUUUAUGCCUGGCAACAAUAACAAUUCCACUUGCUAUUACCGUCAUUUGUUAAUAGCUAUCUGUGCUAAGGGUCUGAGGUGAAGCUGUAGAGGCUAUUGCUCUGCCUGGCUAUUAGAAAGACCAGUACAAACUUGCCUUCAGAUUAACUAUUAUUGGCAAAGAAAGGAUAUCACAACAGAGAUAAAUGGGAAGGAUUUAUAAAGAACAUAUCCAACAAGAAACUACAUAUUGAAACUACUAGUCUCUUGAAAGGCUCUUUAGUAAGCAUAGCAUGUUCAUGCAUCUGAAGAAGGCUGAACUGUGCCUUGUCAUUUUUUCUGUUGAGGAAACAAUCCAGAAAUGUACAGAACUAAUAAGGUAUAAGUUACUAAACAAAUGGUGUUGAAAAACCUUUUCAAAAUGCAUCACUUUGUUUAAAUGUGGUAUCUCAAAUGAGAAUGGAUGGACUACGGCUUAUCUUCCCUCUAAUGUCAGUUUAUGACUAUGAGGAUUAUGUUGAGUAAUGCUAAGUUGUGUGUUUGGGUUAGCCAUGGACAGCUGACAGAGUUACUAAGCAAGACAGGUCCUUGUCCAGACUGAUCACAAAAUUGUAUUUGGUGUCAUGGCAGUAAGUGCAACUUUUCAAGCUCAUAACCUAGUACGAUUCAAUGUGCCAGUGCAGACAGCUUCUUAACAGAGAUAAGGUAAUUUUGCUAGCAUCCCUCCUUUUCCAGGUAUCUUUGGAUUAGUUAUGAAGUUUGUACAAAAAAGGAAAGAAAUUAUAUGAAGUCAUUAGACACAAGCAUGGUGCUGAUGUACUUGAUGAAGUCUGAACAUGUUUAUGGUCACCUCAAUGAUUCCAGGAACCUGAAAAUGCUCAGUGUCCUGGAUUCUUUUGCAAUUAAUAAAAGACUUUCCAACUUUUUAUUGGGCGAUCUGACUACAGGAGUGAAUUAAUAAAUGUUAUGAAAAGCUAGGAAAUAGUAAAAGAGCAAUGGUAAAUUGGUUGAAAAAUGGUAAAAUAACAUUGUCAUUCUCUCUUCUGUAAUGUUUUGUUAUGACUGUCUGUGCUGUAUUACUAGCUAAAGAACAAAAAGAUAUCAUUUUGACAAAAUUGCAUCUGUCACAUGAGAAAAAUUCUAACUUUUCUGAUCUUGAUCCAUGUCAUAGGACAAUGAUACAGAGGAAAGACAGUUAGAAUCAACAAUUUAACUAGGCCAACAAUAGUUUCUACCCAUCAUUUUUGUUAUGCAGUCAAAGAGAUAAAUUAAACACUCACUGAAGCUAUUCCUUCUGAAUCAUUCAAUCCUGACCUGCGAAACCAAAAAGCAAGCUGACCUGUAACUAGCAAAGGUGACUUCUCCAUUGUAAUAUCUUUCCCAAGUGUUUUUCAAAACCUCAAAGAAUGCUGGCAUUUGAUCUACACAAAAACACUGUGUUAGAAAGGCACAUUUUCUUUGCAAAAAUGAGUUUCUGGGAAAGACAACUGGACUUGUUUUAUUCAUUGCCCCUUCAAAGCAAGUUACAUACAUGUGACAUUGAAAAUUGAUGUAAUAGUUACAUAACUGAUAGCUAGAAGAGAGGAAGGCUAUUACGAAGGGCUUGGUUUGUAGAAGACAGCUUUCUUAUGACUUUUGUCUAGAUACAACAAAAUUUGGAACAGAUUUUUUUCAACAGUGACAAUAUAUAGGAACUGAAGAACAGCUUUACAGGGCCAUCCAGCUCAGGAUCCUACCUCCAGCAGUGGUAUGAGUACGGCAAACAUGUGGCAGUACUUUCUACAGAUUGUUCCACCAGUCUUCACCAUUUAAGCUCAGGGACUUCCCAGAGUCCAUGAAUUUGUCCAGCCUCCCCUUAAGCCUGUGGACUCUCCUAGAGUUCACACUGUCCUGAUAGUAGUGUGGCACUGGGGAUACCUGUGCCCUCCCUUGCUUGCCUGGGCUGGACUCUGGAGAAGAGGAGGAGGAAACAGAGUUGCGUAUAGGCUGUACUGUGAUGGACAGAUAAGCCUCUUUCAGAAGAGAUCAAGCUGGAACAGAUGUUGGAAGAGAUGUCUGUUGGAUUAGCUUUUCGCUGAUGCAGUAAAACUGAAGCCCUCAGAAAAGGGCCAGGCCGAACUGUCUGCUGUGUUUGAUAUUACAUAUUCCAAGGUGAAGGCAUUUUGAGGAGAGAAAAGUUUUUUCCUUCAGUGAUGGUGGUAGUACCUCUGGGUUAACAUAAAGGGGAAAAAGUCCCUGCUGCACAACAAAAGCAGUGCAGAGAGCAGUGAGAAUAUGUGAGAGGAGCAGCCCUGCAGCCCCC